AUGCUGGUUUUAACUGAUAAUAAGAUCAGAUCACCUUCUAAGGAUAUUAGUUAUUCACUUGACAUUACUGAAAUUGAUCCGUUUGAACGCCAAAACUCAAACACAAAUGAUCAAGUUUUAGAUAAAAGGCCUCCUUUGGAGUAUAGACCAACUGAAACUGAUGAAAUUGCAUUUGAACAUCAUGAACCUGCUUCUGAAGAUGAGAUCGAACUGGGUUUAGAAAUGGAAGAAGAAAUAGGUCCAUUAUCUUUUACCAAUCCACCAGGGAAUCUUCAUCGAGUCAUAACUGCUUGCAUUUGGGUAUUUACUUUAGGUUGUUCUGAUGGUUCUGUGGGAGUUUUAUUGAAUUAUAUCGAACUUCAAUAUAAUAUAUCCUAUAGUGUUUCUUCAUUAUUAUGGUUGAGUAAUGCUGUGGGCUAUAUAUUAGUUGCAGCCCUUGCAAGUAAGAUUCAAACCCAUUUAGGAAGAAAAUCAACCACUAUUGGUUGUGUUUUCUCUGUUAUAAUGUAUUCAAUUGUUCUGUCGGGACUGAAAUUUCCUUUGAUAGUAGCUGGGUUUUUCUUUGGAGGGAUCGGAGUCGGAAUUUGUGUAUCACAGUUUAAUGUAUUUGUUAGUAGAUUGGAAAAAUCAUCUACUGCGUUAGGUUAUUUUCAUGGUUGUUAUGGGUUAGGUGCAUCUGUAUCUCCUUUGAUUGCUACUGCACUUGUUGAAGCUGGCAUUAAAUGGCAUUAUUAUUAUUUGAUUUUAAUCGGCUUAAUGGUAUUUAAUACAGGUAAUACUUACUAUGCAUUUAUUUAUAAAGGAGAUGAAUUAAAACCAUGGGAUGCUGAAGAAUCUAAAGAAGGCGAACAAGAUCUUAUGAAAGAAGCUAUCAAAAAUAAAUUAACCUGGAUGACUUCCUUUUUUGUAUUGGUUUAUCAGGGAGCUGAAGUUGCAAUUGGUGGUUGGGUCACAACAUAUUUAAGGGAAUAUCGUAAACAUAAUGAGGCUUCUAUUGGUUAUGUUGCUUCAGGGUAUUGGUUUGGUGUUACAUUUGGAAGAUUAGUUCUUACUAGAUUGAUUCAUAAGCUUAUAGGUGCGAGAAGAGGUAAUUCAAUAUUGGGUGUCUUGGCAAUUAUUUUUAUCUUGCUAACAUGGUUGAUUCCAAGUUUACCUAUAGAGAUUUUAACAAUUACCUUAAGUGGUAUUUGUAUUGGCCCAAUUUAUCCAUUAUUAAUGACUUAUGUUGUUCUGGAAGGGCUACUUCCGAGAAAAAUUCAGGUUGUGUCCUUGACUAUUACGACGGCAUUUGGAUCUUCUGGUGGUGCUAUUUUCCCAUUUAUUGUUGGAUUAAUUUCUCAAUUUACAGGCACUUUCGUGGUUUUUCCACUGUGUAUAGCUUUGUUUUCAGCUAUGUUGGUUCUUUGGUUGUCUAUGCCCAAUACUAGAUACAGAAAUAUUGCUAAAGGCAAGUUAGGAAGAUUUAAACAAGUAUGGUAA